CUCCGAUUUCGUCUAUUUCCCUCCAACUCGCCAACUGCUGCAGUCUCUCUGCAAAAGUCCCCCGGUUUGCUGGAACGCCCGGGCGAGAGGCAUCGUCACAGACUCAACCGUGGGUCAACCGGAGUGCCGUGUCGUGUCGUGCCGUGCCGUCGUCUGCUCUCAUUUCGGUGUGUUUUCUGAACUGGUAGACAUAACAUCGCGCAGCUGAACAGCGCCAUCGAAAUCGAGCCAGCCAGCAGCGCUAGCUUAAUCUCUCUCCACGAGACGCAGCCGCCACCUCCGCCGCCGUUGAGAGAACGCAGCGCACCCAACGGGUUGCUGUCCAUCUGCUGUCACGCGCCCUCCUUUCUGACCUUACUUUACUUUUUACUCGACCUUAUCUUGCUUCUGCCGUCCUUACUUGCUUUUCAGGCCAUAAUUCUGCCUUCUUUCGCUUCUCUCGCUCCUUUGUCGUCACCUUUCCCUUUACCCUUUUACGAGUGUACCGACUUCGACUAUACAUACGUGCACACAACGCCACAUCACCAACCGCGAUAGCAUCGAUAACACUCGCAUCCUACUGCUUCGGCCGAAAGGCAGACUGCAUAUUAAUAUGCGAGCCUUCCCUUACGCCAUUAAGAAAGCGUUGAACCUACGACGCUAUCGAUCACUACCCACAUCGAAAUAGCCCACAUCUCAGCCCUAACGGGUCCUGCUUCGGCCGCGGCUGCGACCGCGAUGAGCACGUCCAGUCAUCCGCCUGGCAGUUCUGGCUCGCGGGACUUCAGAGCAUCGGUUGGCACAAGCAGCACUGCUAUAGACACUGGCGCCCCACGACUGAGGGGACCGCGGUCGCUUCCCCCCUGGAUCGAUUCGUAUGAAACACGUUACGGCGCGCCAACAGAGGACCAGCUUCAAUUACUCUCACCCCCGGCUCGAGCCGUUCAGCCGCAGCAUAACCACUCACCCAACGAACCAGACCGCCGCGUAUCAAAAGACGGUUAUGUUGACUGGGCCGGUGAUCCCGUUUUGGAAAACGCCCGCCCGAGGCCCAAGGCCAGGCUUACAGACGUCUUUCGCGGCAAGGGCGCACAGCACGGUAGAAAAUGGGAUCACUUACGAACCGCGGAGCCCGUCAUCGUCUCGGCACACAGGCCCGCAACCCAAGGCCCACCAGCAGCAUGGAGAGACUUUCUCCAGUCGUCGGCCUACGGGCACAUGGAAGGCGAAGAGUCGGAAGUUGUAGAUGUCGAGGUGUUGGAUAAGUUACAGCCCGACUUCAACAAGCGGUAUGACGAAACCGUACAUCGAGAUCUGGAAAAGGCGUCGUCGAAGCAGCGACGAUCCAAGACUAUGUGGCAGAGGAUGUGGUCUCUCAUCCUACGUCAUUACCUGGUACCCCUCGUUUUUCGACUAACCGUUAUGCUCACUUCCAUCGUUGCGCUGGCUAUCGCGGCACGCAUUUACCAAAAGGAGGAUGCCAAGAGCAACACCAGCCCGGAACGCGCGCAAAGUAUAGUCGCCAUUGCCGUCGAUACAGUCGCAGUACCAUACAUAGGCUACAUGCUUUGGGACGAGUACACGGGUAAACCGUUAGGUCUCCGGCCCGCCGUCCAAAAGAUUGCCCUCAUCCUGCUGGACCUCUUCUUCAUAGUGUUCAAAUCCGCCAGCACAUCACUGGCUUUCGAAUCCCUGGUCUUCCACAAUGUCGAGGCAGGCCAGGUGAGGCAACUCAGCCAGGCGUUGGCAUCUUUUAUGCUAGCCGGUCUGCUGGCAUGGAUCAUGAACUUUAUGGUUAAUAUUUUCCGUACAGUUCAGCGGCUGGGGGGCGGGGAAGACGAGAGCUCUCGCGACCACAUGUAGCUUGGGGAGGGGAACUGUCUUGGUCUUGUUUGUUGGGUAUACCCGGUGUAUUAAAAGCCUGUACUAUAGCUGGAGCGCGGUUUGUUCAUCGCGGUUGUUUCUUCUUUGUUAACCAUAAAUACUCCAUGGCUUUCGUCACGUCUUGCUGUUUGUUCCUAGGGUUAUAUUGUAGCAAUUGGUUGUGAUCUGUGCCCUUUGCAGUCAUCUGUUUUAUUGGUUUUAUAAGAAAUGUCUCCUUGAACAUCUUCAUAUCCAAAGACUCUAACCAGAAACUCACUCUUUUCUUUGGGAUGCAUUUUCUAUAUCAACCGGCAGUCUGUAUGCUUUCAGAAGGCCAGUUUGUGAACUCUUUGAGCCCCUGCAAGGACGGCAUUGACCGAGGCCCAUAAAGACAAGGACAAUGCUGCAAGGAAAGGGGGUCAAAUGUUGCUCUCCCCGUCUACUCCAGUCAGGCUGGGCAAGGAAGCGUGCAAUAGUCCCCGAGGAACUGUAGCCAGUACAUGAUACAGUUGGGCAAUUAAAGGAAGCAAAAGGCUCUGGGAAACGCGCAGAUAGAAAGGUAGCGACUGUUCAUUGUGCUAGUCAAUAGUAUGGUAUAUCAUAAACCAAUAGAUGAUUGACAGUAAAGGGGAGAAAUCGACUGAAUCGUAUAAGAAUGUAGUAAGCAUAAGCAAGGCCCAUUGUCAUGAAGU